CAAUUUUCUAAUUCUAAUAUUAUGGUAAUGGUGGAAAAACUAUUUACGUUUAAUUGUUUUAAAUAAGAAAAAAAUUCGUGUUGGUUUCAUUUUGUUUGAACUUUUUUCAUUAAAAAACCAGGAUGAGUAGUGGAAGUCACCAGUAUUUACAAAAUUCCAAUCAAAAGAGCCCUUCUACCCGACCUGGUGAUAUCGAACAUUUAACACACCUUUCCGAACAUCUUUCAGCACUUUACUUGAACCAAGAGCAUUCCGAUGUCACCCUUAUUGUGGAAGGUCAAAAAUUAAAUGCACACAAGGUAAUUUUGGCAGCUAGAAGUGAUUAUUUUAGAGCCCUCCUCUACGGCGGCUUGAAGGAAUCCACUCAAAACGAAAUUCUCCUUCCUGAUGCACCGUUAAAAGCUUUCAAAGUUUUGUUAAAAUAUAUUUACACAGGUAAAAUGUUCCUUUCCACUUUAAAAGAGGAUGUCAUAUUAGAUACUCUAGGAUUGGCCCACCAGUAUGGUUUCCAAGAUCUCGAAACCGCAGUAUCAGACAUACUGAGGCAAUUGCUGGCUUUGAGAAACGUUUGCGCUGUUUUAGACACUGCUAGAUUGUACGGCUUGGAAAUGCUGGUAAAAGUCUGCCACACUUUUCUGGACAGGCACGCCUCGGAGAUAUUGCAGCACGAAUCAUUCCUUCAGUUAUCCCAGGCUUCUCUAGUGAAACUUCUCCAAAGGGACUCCUUUUUUGCGCCGGAAGUAGAAAUUUUUAGAGGAGCUUGCAAUUGGUGUAAGGUCAAUGAAGAUAAAAACGAUCUGGUGAUGAAAUGUAUUCGACUGCCUCUAAUGAGCGUGGCCGAUUUGCUGUCUGUUGUUAGGCCAGCCGGUUUGGUGAAUCCCGAUGCUCUCUUGGACGCCAUCGAAGAACGAACAAAUAUUAGAUUAAGCAGCUUACCUCAUAGAGGACAAUUGAUAAUUGAUGAGAAUCUAGCCUGUCCUAGGUUGGGAUCAAAGGUCGUUUCGGGGGAAUUAAUGGAGUAUCUACUCGACGGAGAUUACUAUUCAUACGAUAUGGAAAAAGGUUACACUAGGCAUGCCAUUAACGGUCCCGGAGAUCAUGGUAUAAUCGUGAAAUUGGCCCAGCCUUCGAUUAUUAAUCAUAUACGUAUGCUUUUAUGGGACCGUGACUUAAGAUCUUACUCCUAUUACAUAGAAGUUUCGAUGGAGCAGAAGGAUUGGAUAAGAGUAAUCGACUACAGCGCCUACAGAUGCAGAUCAUGGCAAUAUUUGUAUUUCGAGAACAGAGUCAUGCAGUAUAUCAGAAUCGUAGGCACGCAUAAUACUGUAAAUAAGGUGUUUCAUUUGGUGUCGUUCGAAGCCAUGUACAAGUUAAAAAUUCCUAAGAUGGUGAACGAUAUCAUAUCUCCAACAUACAACGUAGCGACGUUAGAUAAAAGCGCUCUCGUCAUCGAAGGAGUCAGUCGAUCUCGAAAUACUUUACUAAACGGAGACACGAAGAGAUACGAUUGGGAUUCUGGUUACACCUGCCAUCAACUUGGUUCCGGCGCGAUACUGAUCCAAUUGGGGCAACCUUACAUAAUAUCGAGUCUGAGACUUCUGCUUUGGGACUGCGACGACAGGAGUUACAGCUACUACAUCGAAUCGUCGGUAAACAUUUGGGAAUGGGACAUGGUCGUGGAUAAUACGAGGGAAAAUUGCAAGUCCUGGCAGGUCAUACACUUCUCGCCGAGACCCGUGAUUUUCAUUCGGAUCGUCGGCACUCACAACACGGCUAACGAGGUGUUCCAUUGCGUUCAUUUCGAAUGCCCGUCGAUGGAGGAAGUGGGCCCGCCCGGCAGCCCGAAACAGAAGCGUCUCAAAGACGCCACCCCGGAGCAGGAUCGGCAAGUCCAGCCCACGGAGACCGCCACCGAAGCCGAAGAGGUGUCUCGCGAUAUCGAAAAUUCGACGUGAAACCCUACCGAUUUGCCGUAGUGUAUCCCAUCAGUAACCUGUGAUUUUUUUUGUGGAUUCCAUUAAAGCGAUAUUAUUGUCUCACGACGUUAGAUGCAGCCGAUUUAGCGGAUAUAUUUAUUGUUAUAGUAUUUCUGUAAUAAAAUAUUUUAUUUUUGCUUC